AUAGUUAGCAUAACAAACAGCCGCGAGACAAAGUUGAAGAAAGUUAUAAAACCAGGUGAAAGCGAGGCAAUGUGCGCGUGAGAGAUACUUAUGUGUACUGUGAAGUUACUGUAACGGGAGUUUUCACUCUCGUUGUACCUGUGGGUCAGGACUGUCUCGUCUAACACAUAGCUUGGCAAACAUCUGGAGGGCACCGAGGGACCACUAAUGAGAGGAUUGUAAACACUUGGUGCUUGCAGCUUUCUUUGCUUAUGGAAGUUAAAGCGUGUCUUAAUUUCCUCCUCCUCCCUUCCCUGCUGCUGUGCCUGUUAUAAUCCCUUCCCUGUGGUGAACAUCAGCUCUCCAGCGCCAGUAUGGCAGUCUGCGUAAAGGCUUUGUGUUGCGUUGGUGUGGAGAUCAAAAUGCACAAGUUGCUGCUGGCCGGCUGUGCGAACUUUCAUCCAAAGCGGUUUUUAAACUCUCUGGGUCCUUUUUCCUCACGACUUGGUGGGACAAGAACCCUCAGCUAUUAUAGCAGACCUGCAGAGUUCUGUCCAACGGGACACUCUGUGCCACAGGGAAAUGUAAGACUGGGAUCAUUCAGCAGGAACUACAGUGAUGUCUGCUUGAAUUCACUGGUCAGUCAAGCACUGCCUUUAUCCACAUGUCACACCAGAAGAUCUCAGUGUGCUGCAGUGAGAACUGGGAGAAACCUGCUGCAGAGAGGAGCAGUGUGGCCUGUGUCCUUUAUCUGCAGAAGAGUCUCAGACGCCCCUCCUUCCACUGUAGCUCCGGCAUUUGUAGUGAUGAAGUUUGACCAAGAGGGAAAUGUGACAUCAUUUGAAAAAAAGAAGACAGAGCUUUGCCAGGAGUUAAGUCUUCAAGCCAGAGACCUACGCUUCCAACACACUACCAGCCUCACUGCUAGAAAUAACUGCAUUAUUUUACGAAUGGAGGCCUUGAAAGCCAUCUUGACCCCGGAGUCUCUUAUGGUCUUGGAUUUUCGUGGUCUUGGACUGGAGCGCUGGUUAGUUCUGGAGCUCGCCCCCCAGCUAGCGUCACAGACACACACUCUGCCCUUCGAGUUCAGAGCACUGGAAGCCAUCCUGCAGCACAAGGUAAACACGCUGCAAGCCCGGUUGAAUGAAGUUGAACCAGUCAUAUUGGAUACGCUGGAAUCCCUCGUAGACCCUAAAAUCCUUUCUGCUGAUAGAAGUAAACUACAUGUACUUCUGCAAAAUAGCAAGAGCUUAUCAGAGUUGGAGACGGACAUAAAAAUGUUUAAGGACUCCAUGCUGAAGGUCUUGGAUGAGGAUGAGACGGUUGAAGAGUUCUGCCUCACAAAAUGGACAGACCCAAGAGUUUUUGAAGAGAGCAGUUUGGGUAUUGACCACGCUGAGGAGAUGGAGCUUUUAUUGGAGAAUUAUUAUAUGCAGGCCGAGGAACUGGGGAACAGAGCCAGAGAGCUGAAGGGUCUGAUAGACGACUCUGAGAGUGUAAUCUUUAUCAAUCUGGACAGCCACCGGAACGUGAUGAUGCGACUGAAUCUGCAGCUGACCAUGGGGUCCUUCUCCCUUUCCUUAUUUGGUCUAAUAGGUGUGGCAUUUGGAAUGAAUCUGACGACAGCUUUCGAAGAUGACCCCCGUGCUUUCUGGCUGGUAACAGGUUUCAUGUUCUUGGGCAGUGGGCUGAUAUGGAGGCGACUUUUAUCAUUUUUGGGACGGCAUCUAGAGACUUCAGUACCCCCACGGAUCCCUCCAAUUUGGAAGAGGAAUAUGAGACCAUUAGACAUCAAGGCUGGGGUCAGAUGAAGUUCUACAUCGCAGAUGAUGGUUGUCUCACAGCGCUCUUGGUCCUCUUUAACUUGAUGCAAAGACUUCUUCUGCUAGAAUUUUUAUUUUUAACACACCUCAUUGUUUUACUGUCCCAUGGCCACAGCAGAGGUUGAGAUUAGACUCACAUCUCUGGAGACUAUAGUGUAGUGGUUCUCAAACUGUGGGGCGGGCCCCACUGGUAUGGCAUGGACAACCACGUAACACAUAUGAAGUUAUAUGAUAUGAAUAUGAUUAUUAUUAUUAUUUUAGGGAAAAUAUUGUAGCAAAUUUUGAGGUGUGGACGAUAUCUAUCUUGCAUGAAGAUCUGCUUUUGGUUUGGGGCAUGUCAGAAGAAACUCUGCUCCAGUGUCACUGUUUCCCUUCUUUUGACUGACGGUCAUUUUUCAUUUCUGCUUUUUAUCUUUUUGUUUUCUUUCCUUUCAACGUCCAGUGCAGAUAAAACCUGUCCUGUGCUUGCUGUGGGUGCAACUGUAACGUAAUCAGCAGCUGCUAGUGCUCUGGUCAGGACUAGCUUCACUGCUAUUAGCAGGUUUCUUUGCACUUACAGUAAUGAGCAUAGCGUUGUGGCCGGGACCAGUGACGUCUUCACCUGUUUGCUCUGCUGCAUUCUUUGAAGCAGGAACCGCCACCCCACACCUCGAGUAAGUGGUGGUGAAAUACUGCACAUCUCCAUAUAUGUGGAUAAAAAAAAAAAAGCCAGGUCAUAAUAAUCAUCUCAUUGUGGAGUUGUGCUUUCUUUCAUUUCACUGGUGAAGAACAAAAACAACAACAACUUUAUAUCACUGUGAAAGCAGUAAACCUGUGACUCUGUCCCUCUGUACUCUGUAUGUUCUGCCUUUAUUAAACCAGAGGAAGUACACUGUGCAGCUUUGUGGCAUAGUGUUUGUGUCAACAUGAGUGACAGGCACUUGAUCAAAAAUGUCAUUGUUUUUCUUAUAAAUGCAGAGUUUAGAGUGUGACUUUAAAGAUGUUAGCAGCUUUUACCAAAGGGAAGCUUUAUCAUUUAUAAACUUAAUCAAGUAUUAUAAAAAAUAAUUAUAAAUUGGUUGAUGAAAGGUUUGGUGUAUCUGCAUGAUGUCAACUGAAGCCAUAGAUUAGGUCUUGCAUUAGUGGUUCCCAAGCCAAAGGUCAAGAUACCCACAUAGGGUCACCAAUUAAAUCAGAUGAGUUUUCAGGUUAUUAACGAAUUGGGGAGGUUAUAAUAACAGCUUAUGAGUUCACCCAUAAGAUAAUGCUUUUAUUUAUUACCUGAUUUAUUUCUUUUUGGUUGAGUGUGUCAGCUUACUGUGUGUUUUAACUCUAUUUUCUGUUCUGAAAUAUAUUAUUUUCAGGGAACAUUGAAUUACGUGGAUCCACUUUUCUUUUGUGACAUUGAACUGCAAAAGUGUCUCAGUGAAACAAAAAAUUCACACAAAUGGAUUUAAAUAACAAAGUAGAAAACAUCAGUUUCUUUAAAGCUGAGCGCAUGUAAUGACAGAUUUAUCAGAUUUCUGAUGAGCAAUACUCGGGAAGAUGUUUUAUUAAUGUGGACUGUUAGGCUAUAAGACUAAUAUCCUGGGUUUGCUGUGUCAAAUUAAGAAUUGUUAUGGCUGGAUAAUGUUUUUUAUUAUUAAUAUUAAUUGAGGUACCUCACAUGGAGUCAAAAUAUCCUUGUCACUGCCUAAGUGGUUUCAAGGUUUGGAAACUACACUAGGCUUCAUGUUUUGUAAAUAUGAGUUGGUUUGAAAGGGAGUAAAGCAUUUGACAGAAACGGCCAUUUAAACUGCUUGGUUGUCAUUACAGCCUUUCUCCACCAGAGGGAGUCAUGAACCACACCGUGUGUCACAGCUAAAGCAAGCUUGUCCUUCAAUAAAAAUCAAUGGAAUCAUAAAGUUUUUAUUGAAAUCUAUGUUUUUGGAAAUUAUUCUGUCUGAUCUAUGUGCUAAUUUCUCCGAUGUCUCGAAGGGAAACGUAUUUUUGUUGUAAUAUUUAUGUGUGUAUAUUCCAACACACAAAAGAUGGUUUAGUCUCAAUCAAUCCAUACUGUGAUGAUUGCUCCUAAUCUCCUGAGACCCAGAAGAAUAAAUGUUUCAU